ACCCCGCAAAAAAGUCACUUCAAAUAUCCUGUCACAUUUGACUUUUCCUUUUCAAAGAAUCAUCAGGACUCAAAAAAGCACAGCAUGGUGAAGACACCGCAGACUCCGUGCCCCCCGUUCCCAUGCCCGCCGCCGCCGCCGCCGCCGUGCCCGGCCGUGUGCCCCCCACCCCCUCCCCCACCAUCAUGUCGGGUUAAGCCCGUCAUGCGCGGGUUGCACUGGGCGCAGACAAAGAGUAAGCUGGCUCAAGCGCUGCUUCUCAGCGCUCUAGCCGGAGCGACGGUGUACCUCGGGUAUACGAAGCCGAAAAUGGAGCGUUACAGGGAGUUUUAUGAACUUUCAGAAUUUGAAGACUGGGCCGAUGAAAUGGCAAAAAUGGGUCUGUUUCAAUCUGUUCCUAAAGAAGGCUGGCCAGUUCCCAAGAAAAAAUAGUGUUUUUAUCUGUCAUUAUUAAUAUAAUAUAAAUUUUGUUUGUUUGUACAUGGCUAUAAUAAUUUAUUAUUUAUUACAUAGAAGCCU